AUGCCGCUGGCGACCCGCGCCAAGGGCACCAUGGCCGUCAUUGGGUGGAACGGGGACUGGCGCUGCAGCUGCGGCAGCACCAACAAGCUCUGGGACACCUGCGUGUGCUCGCAGCCCUCCCCAUGCCGGGAGUACGUGCGCGGCAACUGCCUGCUGCCCAAGUGCAGGUUCCCGCACCCGCCCUUCAAGAUCCCGGAGCACCUGCCCAAGCCCGCAGAUCCCAUCGCCAACCCACCCGCGGCAGCAGCCAAGCAGAAGGCGGCGGCGCAGGCGGCGGCGGCGGCGCUGGCGGCCGAGCAGUCUGGGCCCAAGGAGAUGGCGAUAGUGACGUGGCUGGGCCACUGGCAGUGCGACUGCGGCAAGGUGCACAAGCUGUGGGACAGCUGCAAGUGCGGGCAGGCGCCGCCGUGCCGCGAGUGGGUGCGCGGGCAGUGCAACAUCUCCAAGUGCCGCUUCCCGCACCCGCCUUUUGCCAUCCCCGCCAACCUGCCCAAGCCCGACGACCCCAUCGCAAACCCCACCGCCGAGCAGCUGAGCUGGAGCAAGGAGCAGCUGGCGGCGGGCGCCGGCGCCGGCAAGGCGCCGCCGCCCGCCAACGGCCGCGCCGCCGCCACCAGCAGCGGCGACAGCACGCCGGUGGCCGGCGGAUCCUCGGGCUCUGCUGCCUCCGAGGGCGGCGCCACCGCGGCAAACGGCGUGGCAGACAAGGCGUCGACCGCGCCGCCGCCCAGCGCGAUCAUGCAGCCGGGGGUCAGCUUCCGCCAGGCGCUGCUCAAGUCGCAGCAGGCGCAGCAGGAGGCGGCGGCGGCGUCCGCCGCCGCCGACGGCGGCGACGCCGACGGCGCGCUGCAGCUGGGGCCCGGCGGCCUGCUGCCGCCGCCGCCGCCGCCGCCGCCACCGCUGGACCAGCCGCCGCCGCCGCCGCCGCCCAUGGCGCUGUCGCCGCGCUCCGCGGCGGCGGCGGCGGCGGCCAUGGAGCAGCAGGCGGUGCUGUCGCCGCGCUCGCUGCCGCCCGUCAGCAUCGCCCCGCUGGCGGCGCACCAGCAGCAGAACGGCCUGUCGGCGGCAGAUCCGGUGACCGCAGCGCCUCUCUCGGCCCGCAGCGACCCUCAAGUGACGCAACAGCAGCAGGCGGCGGCGGCGGCGGCGCAGCAGCAGCAGAAGCCGCUGCGCGCCAUUGCGCACACGCUGCUGGAGGGCGGCCUCAUGGACCCCGCUUUCUACCACGCCCUGGGCCAGGUCGACUUCCUGCCCGACGGCCACUACCAGCAGGACAGCAUCACGCUGGAGGACCAGCAGCGCCGCAUGGAGCUGUUCAACGCCGCCGUGGACUCGUACAUCGCGGCGGGCGUGGACCGGCGCAGCAUGCUGGAGAUUGAGUGUGCGGCCAAGAUCGGGCUCAGCGGCGGGCCUCUCUACUACCGGUGA